AUGACGGAGACCGAGAUGAACGAGCUGAGGCGGCUAGCCGGCAUUCGUCCCGCUGAGCUCAUGUCGAAGACAGGCACAUCGAGAGAGAACGCUGCUGCAGAAAGUCCAGUGACCUUGCCUCCAAAGGCUGUGACAGCCCGUGCCACUGCUUCCGAGGCAAGCAAGCCCAAAACUCCACCGGCCCCUGCUCCAGACAAACCUGCCACGCCGAUCAGCGCGGUAGCGAUGCCCGAUCCAAGCUUGGCAGGGACGUCGGCGAAGGUUCAGCACAUCUACUUCGAUUUCGACCAGACCAUUUCCAAGAUCCAUGUCUUCAAGCAGCUAGCUGGCUGGGAGCCAGGUGUGCGCCCGCCCCACGCUUUGUCGGAGCGCGGGCAGAUUCACCGGCUGAAGAUGCUAAAUGAAGCCGGCCCCGUCUUCGUCUACGAUGGUCAUGCCGUUCAGGUGGCGCAGACGUCGAGCACAACUGCUUCGUGGACGGCCUGUGCACUGGGAGGUCCGGCCCGUGUGGGCUGUCUGCGCUUCCUCUUCGAAGAACUUCGGGCUGCCCAGGUGAAGAUGGCUGUGAUUACGGAGGGCAUGGUUGGGGCAUGUGCAUAUGUCUUGGAACAGGAGGGGCUGCUGCACUUCGUGGAGGUGUUUGGCUCUUUGAAGACUGCACAUGGGGAGCUGGAGUUUGAUCGCUUGGUUCUGGAACCUUCGCCUCUCGAGGGCACAGAAAAACAGCACGUUCAAUCGAAGGCGAGUCUCAUGCAGCAGCUGCGAUGGCGAAGCGACGGUGGCGUGGCUUUUGUUUCGCAGACACCGGCAGAGGUCGAUUCGGUGGCCUCGCCCUGCCACGGGGUUCUCGUGAGCGAGAGCCGCGAGGGCCGCUUGGGACGCGAGGGGCAGGAAGCAUUUUGGGUUGAGCUCCGGCAGCUCUGCGGCCUCAGCCUUAACCGAGACGAGGGCGUGGGCAAGGCGAAGACGAAGCUCCCAGAGGCCCAGGCAGACCCCGGAACAGUGAAGCCGCCUUCGCUUCCCCAGGGUGGGCGCUUUGCUGCCGCGAACCAAGCUGCAGGUGAAUGCACGCUCGGUGUACCAACAACCCUGGCCAAGCGUUGCGUCCAGUUGUUCAGCGAAAGUCAAGCGCCAAGAAGCCCUCUGCCGUCCUCGCCUCCGUCGCUGACAGCGGCUCCUUCACCAAGUCGGGUGCUUCGCGUAGGACCCGAGUGGGGAAAUUCAUGUGCCACAGGCUUUGGAUUCGGUGGCUUCGGCGGAUUCGGGCCCAGCCACUUCGCCGCCUUCACUCCGGCACCCCGCGAGGGCCACGAAGACCAGGAACACCCCGACACCUCAGGCCUUCGAAAGGCUGGACGGAGCUCAUCAAGGAGGCACAGCGAG